UGGCCUCAAACCCCAAACCCUUGCUCUCCGAUUCCAUUGAAAAAAAAAGAAAAACAGAUCUUUUUACAUGGAGAUGAUGGUGAAAAAGUUUCAGCAGAAGUAUGCUAGGGUUCGAGACGAGAUGGGGAAAUGGGACGAUCUUCAAUCUCGUUUAAUCUCUCAGUUCUCAAACGCCGCCUCGAUCGUAGAGCGAUUGCAGGUGCUGGGAGAAGCCAAGAAUUAUGGUGGGUUGCAACGCGUGCCCGGAAUUAAGGAGGCGGUCCUUGGGAAACAGUUGGAAGCAUUGGAAAUGAUCUAUUUCUCCAUCAAAGAAACAAUGAAAGAAUUUCAUGGGAUUGUCUCAGCGCUUGAUAAGAUUGCCCGGGAUGGAGGCCAACUUUUGAAGGGAGGAUCAACACCUACCACUCACCAGAUGCGACAAAGAAUUGGAAUAAAGCCAAGUCUUGCAGACUGCCUAGAUGGCCUUAGAUCAAUACACGAUAUGUACAAGUCUGAGUACCUUCUUAAAUCAUCAGUUAUAUCCUCAUUAACAUGGAACUGCAGUUCUAGUGAUAUCACCGCCCUACGUCAACUCUUGAUGGACCAGCCCAACAUCCCCAGAGAUGAAGUGCAAUCAAUUUUUGACGUAAUAUUUGCUGAGGAGAUCUGUUGAGUGCUGACUGAAUAAUAGAUCUUGCUCAGUAGAAGAUUCCGUUACUAUCAAAAGGUACAUGAGGAUAUCUAUAGAGUUUUGUCUCUGUCUCCUGAAAAGGGAUGGCCAACUAAUCUGAAGAAUUUCCAGUGCUAUUGCUGCUCUUCAAAUUAUCAUCGAUCUUGAUAAAUCCUGGAGUCCCUAUUCUUGCUUAAUACAGUGUUAAAGUGCUUGGAAACUGCAGAACCUACGAGAAUUUUGUUUCUAUGCGUUACAUAUGUAAAGGGUACUAUCAUUAUCAACUUGAGUCCAUUCUUGCUAUGGUAAGUUUAUACCACUACAUACCAUGAUUCAAAUUGAAAUCUUGUACACUGUUCUUCGCGAUAUAGUCCCUUUUCCUCUUUCCAUGCUUUAUGGGAAGGAUA